UUCACACGUGCUUCUGGCGCGCUUCGGCUCUGAGCCGGUGUGGGCUGACCAGCACCAUGCUGCGUAUUUCAGCCCUGCGGCUGCUAGGAUGCACCCGGUCCGGUAGGGUCUCGCUCCUGCAGGAGUCUGCCCCACGGUACUACGGUUCGUGUCCUCUUGGUGCCCGCGGCGAGGUCCGCGACGGGCGCGCUUACUUCACGACGCCCAUUUUCUACGUGAACGCGGCGCCACACAUAGGGCACCUGUACUCAGCGCUACUAACGGACGCCCUGUGCCGCCACCGUCGUCUCUGGGUUCCCGGUGCCGCCGCCACCCGAUUUUCCACUGGCACGGAUGAGCACGGCCUGAAGAUCCAGCAGGCGGCAGCCGCCGCGGGCCUGGCCCCGGCCGAGCUGUGUGACCGAGUCUCUGCCCAGUUCCAGCAGCUUUUCCGGCAGGCUGGUAUCGCCUCCUCCGACUUCAUCCGCACUACCGAGGCGCGGCACCAGCUGGCUGUGCAGCACUUCUGGGAGGUGCUGAAGGCCCGGGGUCUGCUCUACAAAGGGCUUUAUGAAGGUUGGUACUGCGCCUCAGACGAGUGCUUCCUGCCUGAGGCCAAGAUCACCCAGCAGGAGGGCCCAUCGGUGGAUGCGUGCCCGGUGUCUCUGGAGAGCGGGCACCCGGUGUCCUGGACCAAGGAAGAAAACUACAUUUUCAGGCUUUCCCAGUUCCGGGAGCCGCUCCGGCAGUGGCUGCAGGACGACCCUCAGGUCAUCACCCCCGAGCCGUUCCAUCGCACAGUCCUUCAGUGGCUAGAGGAGGAGCUUCCCGACCUGUCCGUCUCCCGCAGGAGUAGUCACUUGCACUGGGGCAUCCCGGUGCCUGGGGAUGAUUCACAGACCAUCUAUGUUUGGCUGGAUGCCUUGGUCAACUACCUCACUGUAAUCGGCUAUCCGGAUGCUGAGUUCAAAUCUUGGUGGCCGGUCACCUGUCAUAUAAUAGGCAAAGACAUUCUCAAAUUUCAUGCCAUUUAUUGGCCUGCCCUCCUUUUAGGGGCUGGCAUGAGUCUUCCACGUCGCAUCUGUGUCCACUCCCACUGGACGGUCUGUGGCCAGAAGAUGUCCAAGAGCUUGGGCAAUGUGGUGGAUCCCAGGACUUGCCUUGAACGGUACACUGUGGAUGGCUUCCGCUACUUUCUUCUUCGGCAGGGUGUCCCCAACUGGGACUGUGACUACUAUGAUGAAAAGGUGGUUAAGCUGCUGGACUCCGAGCUGGCAGAUGCCUUGGGAGGUCUCUUGAACCGAUGCACUGCCCAGAGAAUAAAUCCUUCUGGGACUUACCCAGCCUUCUGCACUGACUGCUUCCCCAGCAAGUCAGGGUUGGUGGGGCCAUCAGUUCGUGCUCAGGCAGAGGAUUAUGCUCUGGUGAGCGCAGUGGCCUCUUUGCCCAAGCAGGUAGCAGACCACUAUGAUAACUUUCAGAUAUAUAAGGCUCUGGAGGCAGUGUCCAGCUGUGUUCGGCAGACUAAUGGCUUUGUCCAGAGGCAUGCACCAUGGAAGUUGAACUGGGAGAGCCCAGUGGAUGCUCCCUGGUUGGGUACUGUACUUCAUGUGGCCUUGGAAUGUUUGCGAGUCUUUGGAACUUUGCUCCAGCCAGUCACCCCAACUCUAGCUGACAAACUCCUGUCCAGGCUGGGGGUCUCUGCCACAGAGAGGGGACUUGCAGAGCUCCGUUUCUUGCCUCGAUUCUAUGGACAUCCUUGCCCUUUUGAAGGGAGAAGGCUGGGACCUGAAACUGGGCUUUUGUUUCCAAGACUGGACCAGUCCAGGGCUUGGCUAGUGAAAGCCCACAGAACCUAGAAACUCAGUUCUUAUUGGCUUGUGAUAAAAAAGUGAUGGUGAAGGGAGGAAAUGAUCAGUGCUCCAGGAAUUUCAAACUGGAUUUAGUGAUUUCUCCAAGACUCCAUAAGAGAACAUCACAGAGAAGAUGUUAAGGUAUCAAUUUAUACAAUGACUAUAACACAGUAAGCUAGUGUUACAUCUCAUAGGUGACUGGACGGCUCAGCCAAAGUUUAAAAUGAGAACUUGCCUGGAAAUACGCAUUCUAAGUAUGGUAGGAAGCAGAGAGGACUCUCUAUGAAGUAAGCUAUUGUGUUACUAGUUCCCUCACAUUUAUCCUAGGUGCUACCAUUCAGCUACAGGUUCCUACCAUUGCUUGGAAAAUAGUGCUAGGAGGAAUUCUAAAGGUGGAAGAGUUUCCGCAGAUGUUUCUUUAGAGCCUCCCUAUUCAUAAUGGAAUCCUGGGCUUUCCAUGUGAGCUAUUACAAUUACUUGCCUAAAUUACUAGGGUGGAUUACUGGGGGAUAGGGUGGAGUGUAGUAUCUUUUAGGCCUGGAUAUGGCAGAGACUAGUGAAAGAUAGAAUGUGUUUACAUAGAUAAAGGAAAAUCAGAGUUGGAAAACCAGUGGGAUGUUAACCUCUGCCCCUUGAAUUGCCCGUAUAGCAGUCUUAGGGUUCCUGUCAUGGGCCAUGGGUAGAGAGACUGUGUAAUCUUUCCCCUUGAGUGAUCUUCCCGUGGCCUACUGCUGGUCAGUACUCUGGACCUUGGUUUGCCAGAGGUUGAUACUAAUGGAGUACUGUUUGUGCAGUGUGUCAUUUGUGAAGGUACUUAACUGGCUACCAGAGUAUUUGUGGUACCACAGGGCACAAGGAAAUAGGGGUACCAGAUAGGGUAUAAAUUACUAUGGUAAGGUGUUUUGAGUGGAAGAAUGUUCUAAGUUCUGACUUCUGAGAACCCGUUAGACUCUAUAGGAGGCACAAGAGGUAAAACAGAUAUUUUGUGGGUACUGAGUUGAUGUGCUUGUUUUGAUCCAGCAGUUUAAGAAUGGCAAGUGGAAAUAGGUAAAACUUAAAACCAGAGUGCAAGUGCUUCCAAGAGCAGGCAUCCUAACCAUUUCUGGGAGAAGAUAAUAAAUCUGUAGAGCUCUUAAACUGGUGGACGCCUUGGCCUAUCCUGCUGUAGCUAUUCAAGGAUAACAAUUGUAUAAGCAUACUGUCUAUACUAUCACUGGACACUUGGCCACCAAACUUUGAAGGUGGCCUUGAUGGAAGAAAUUCUAUUCCCAAGUAGGGUGAUUGACUUUCACUGGGGUCAGCUUCUGGGAGAAGUUGGCCAAGUAUUGCAUUCCCUGGAUUUAGGGUUCUUCUGAGAAAGAAUCUCCCUGUUUCAGAACUGUUAAUACUUAUUUGGCAUCUUGUAAAUCCUUGACCAGUAAGAAGUUUCCCCAAAAUAGUAUCCUUAAGGCUCUCAAGUAUUUAUUUUGGAGUAUCUCCUGGAGGCAAUGUUGCAGGAGGUGAUAAAGACGGCCUACAUCAGGUUUUCAUGAGAUAUCCUAUUAGGAGGGUAUUAUCAAGAUAUCAACUCAGUAGAUUCCCAUCCUGUCUACGAAGUCAUGAAAGAAGUUGUGGGCAAUGUGUAUGUUAAGUGACACAACUGUAUACAAGAGGGCUAUUCCACAAGUGAACAUCAUAGGUUAGGCAACUCAGAAGUCUAACUUUAUGAAGAACUGUGACUAUAUGGAGAUCAAGGAUAGGCUUGUUGUUGUUAGGUGCUGUCAUGUCAGCUCCGACUCAUAGUGACCCUAUGUACGACAGAAUGAAAUACUGCCCGGCCCUGCACCCUCCUCACAGUCCUUGCUACGUUUGAGCCCACUGUAGCCACUGUGUCUGUCCAUCUUGUUGAGGGCUUCCCUCUUUUCACUGACACUGUACUUUACCAAGCAUGAUAUCCUUUUUCAGAGAUUAGUCCUUCCUGAUAACAUGUCCAAAGUACAUAAGACGAAGUCUUGCCAUCCUCCCUUCUAAAGAGCACUCUGGCUGUACUUUUUCCAACACAGAUUUGUUCAUUUGGUAUAUUCAAUAUUCUUUGCCAACACCAUAAUUCAAAGGCCUCAAUUCUUCCUAGGUCUUCCUUAUUCAUUGUCCAGCUUUGGCAUGCAUAUGAGGCAAUUGAAUAUACCAUGGCUAGGGUCUAAAAAAAAAAAAAAUUUUUUUUUUUUUUUUUAGGGUCAGGCACACCUUAGUCCUUAAAGUGACAUCUUUGAUUUUUAACACUUUAAAGCACUCUUUGGCAGCAAAUUUACCCAAUACAGUAUGUCGUUUGAUUUCUUGACAGCUGUUUCCAUGGGCAUUGAUUGUGGAUCCAAGUAAAAUGAAAUCCUUGACAAUAUUUUCUCCAUUUAUGAUGUUGCUUAUUGGUCCAGUUAUGAGGAUUUUUGUUUUAUGUUGAGCUGCUGUAGUGUUUGAUCUUUAUUAGUAAGUACUUCAAGUCCUCUUCUCUUUCAGCAAGCAAGGUUGUGUCAUCUGCAUAUUGCAGUUUGUUAAUGAGUCUUCCUCCAAUCCUAAUGCCCCAUUCUUCUUCAUACAGUCCAGUUUCUUGGAUUAUUUGCUCAGCAUAUAGACUGUCACCUUUGAAUUGUGGUGUUGGUGAAGAAUAUUGAAUAUACCACAGACUGCCAAAAGAAUGAACAAAUCGGUCUUGGAAGAAGUACAACCAGAAUGUUCCUUAGAAGCAAGAAUGGCGAGACUACAUCUUACAUACUUUGAACAUGUUGUUAGGAGGGAUCAGUCCCUGGAGAAGGACAUCGUGAUUGGUAGAGAGUUAUCGAAAAAGAGGAAGACCCUCAACGAGAUGAACUGACACAGUGGCUGCAAUAAUGGGCUCAAGCAUAACAAUGCUUGUGAGAGUGGCAUAGGAGUGGGCAAUGUUUCGUUCUGUUGUAUCCAGUGUCGUGAGUCAGAGUCGACUUGAUGGCACCUAACAACAUACAGAUUGAAUAAAUGUGGUGAAAAGUUACAACUCUGAUGCACACUUUUCCUAAUUUUAAACCAUGCUGUAUUCCCAUGUUCCAUCUGGAUGACUGCCUCUUGGUCUACGCAUAGGUUCUGCAUGAACAGAAUUAAGUGUUCUGGAAUUCCCAUUCUUCUUGAUGUUAUCCAUAAUUUGUUGUGAUCCACACAGUUGAAUGCCUGUGUUUACAGAGGUAAACAUCUUUCUGGUAUUCUCUGCAUUCAGCCAAGAUCCAUAUGACAUUAACAGUGAUAUCCCUCAUUCUACACCCUCUUCUGAAUCUGGCUUGAAUUUCUGGUGGUUUCCUGUCAAUGCAUUACUGCAACUGUUUUUGAAUUAUCCUCAGCAACAUUUUAGUUACGUGUGAUAUAGUUUGAUAAUUUCCUCAUUCUGUUGGAUCACCUUUCUUUGGAAAUGGCACGAAUAUGGAUCUCUUUCAGUCAGUUGGCCAGGUAGCUGUCUUCCAUAUUUCUUGGUAUAGAUGGAGUGAGCACAUCCAGUGUUGCAUCCGUUUGUUGAAACAUCUCAAUUGGUAUUUCCAUCAAUUCCUGGAGCCUUGUUUUUUUGGUACAGUUUUUUGGUACAGUGACUGUGUAUUCCUUCUCUCUUUUUUUAAUUUCUCAUUCAAAAAUUUAUACAUAUAUUGUUUUGUGACAUUAGUUGCAAUCUUUACAAUGUGACGGCACGUUCCUCCAUGCCAGCCCGGGUUCUCUGUUUCCAUUCAACCAGUUCCUGUCCCUUCUUGCCUUCUCAUCCUGCUUUUGGAGAGGAGCUGCACGUUUGGUCUUGUGUAUCUGAUUGAACUAAGAAGCACAUUCCUUACGUGUAUUAUUUUUUGUUUUAUAGUCCUGUCUAAUCUUUGUUUGAAGAGUAGGCUUCGGGAAUUGAUACAGUUCUGGGUUAACAGUAUGUCUGGGGGCCAUAGUUUUGGGGGUCCAUCUUCUUUUGAUGCUUCCUACAUCAUUCAAUAUUUUGCCCAUAGAAUCCUUCACUAUUGCAACUUGAGGCUUGACUUUUUUCUUCAGUUCUUUCAAAUUAAGAAAUGCCGAGUGUGUUCUUCCUUUUUGGUUUUCUAACUCCAGGUCUUUGUUCAUUUCAUUAUAGUACUUUACUUUGUCUUCUCAAGCCACCCUUUGAAAUCUUCUGUUCAGCUGUUUUACUUCAUCAUUUCUUCCUUUCGCUAUAGCUCUGUGUUCAAAAACAACUCUCAAAGCCUCUUCUGAUUUUUGGUCUUUUCUUUUUUUCCUGUCUUUUUAAUGACCUUUUGCUUUCUUCAUGUAUAGUGUCCUUGAUUUCAUCGCACAACUCGCCUGGUUUUUGGUCAUUAGUGUUCAGUGCAUCAAAUCUUUUCUUGAGGUGGUAUCUAAAUUCAUGUGGGAUAUACUCAAGGUCGUACUUUGACUUUUGUAGACUUGUUUUAAUUUUCUUCAGCUUCAGUUUGAACUUGCAUAAGAGAAAUUGAUGGUCUGUUCUGCAGUUGCCCCCGGCCUUGUUCUGACUGAUGAUACUGAGUUUUUCCAUCAUUUCUUUCCACACAUGUAGCUGAUUUGAUUCCUGUGUAUUCUAUCCCAGGUCCACAUGUAUAGUCACUGUUUAUAUUGUUGAAAAGGUGUUUGCAAUGAAUAAGCAUUGGUCUUGCAAAAUUCUAUCAUGCCAUCUCUGGCUUCAUUUCCAUCAGCAAGCCUGUAUUUUCCAACUACUGAUCCUUCUUCUUUGUUUCCAACUUUCAUAUUCCAGUGACCGGUAAUUAUCAGUGCAUCCUGAUUGCAUGUAUGAUCAAUUUCAGAUUGGAGAAGUAGGUAAAAAUCUUCAAUUUCUUCAUCUUUGGCCUUAGUGGUUGGUGUGUAAAUUUGAAUAAUAGUCGUAUUAACUGCUCUUCCUUGUAGGUGUUUGGAUAUUAACCUAUCACUGACAGUGUUGUACUUCAGGAUAGAUCUUGAUAGGAUAGAUCAGGGUAGGUUAGAGCAAGAAAUAGGCAUAAUCUGUGAGGUUGUGUUGAAAGCUCUGUUAUUCUGUAAGUAGGCUUCAUUCUUCUUGAAACACUUAUGGAGUCUGUAGAGGCCAUAAAGAGCUUGAUAAAUUUAAUGUUAAGUUGAUGUCAAAAUACUUGAGAAAGACCUAGGUGGGAACAUGGACUCUGAGGCACAAGGUCUUUUGUACAGUUUUACCAGUGAUUGGGACAUAGCUCUUCAGAUCUGGGAAAUGCUGAAACCUAAGUGAAGCCAAUAAUUGGUCAAGUUCUGGGCCUCUAACUAAUAUGGCUCAUAACCAUGAAGUACCUUGGGCAGCAGGUGACAGAAGCAAGCAUUCAACAGGUUCCUCCUUGGGCAUUAUGGUAGGAAUGGUUUCCUGGAUCUCUGGCUGCUCCAUCCCUACUGGGCAUAUAGUGGCAGAGUCAGUCUGCAUGAGUGUAGACUUCAAUUACAGGGGAUGCCAGGCUUACUGGCUACAAUUUGGCCCAUAAAACUGCUGUAUGCUCCUUAAUCCAUAAUUGCCUUCUGGAGCCAAUUCCCUGCUAGUCAGAGUUCUACCAAAAUAUAGAACAAGUCUUAGUAGUUGUGGCAAGCCUUAGUGAGCACUCGCCCUCACUUCUGCCAGAUAGUGACUAAUAUUAACAUCAAUCCAACAGAAGACAGGAAGGAGAUUAAAAAAGGGUAAAGAAAAAUAUGAUAGAGAAUCCAUAAUAGGAUACCUGUUGCUGUCAAAUCGAUUCUGACUCAGUGACCCUAUAGGACAGAGUAGAACUGCCCCAUAAUAGUUUCCAAGGAGUGCCUGGUGAGUCUGAACUGCUGACCUUUUGGUUAGCAGCUGUAGUACUUACCUGCUAUGCCACCAGGGUUUCAAUAGGAUGGAAGAAGUAAAUACAAAUAUAUCAAUAAUUGUAAUAAAACUUCAUAGAGUGAACCUCCUGUGGAAAGCAGUUUUCAGAAUUAAAAAGCUAGCAAUAUGCAGUUUAAAAGGGAUAUACUUAAACAUAAAAGAGACGAAAAACGAAAACAGCAAAACACUGUUAUUGUUAAAAAAUGUCAAUUCAGUUCCAACUCAUAGUGACCCUGUAUACAACAGAAUGAAACACUGUCUGGUCCUGUGCCAUCCUCACAAUCAUUGAAACACUAGGCAUAUAUUAUAACCAAAGAAAGCCAGUACAACAACAUUAAUAUUAGACAAUCUAGAAUUGAGGGGGAAAAUCAUUACUAAAGAUAAAAUGGGACUUAAUAUAAAAGGAAUAAUCUACCAACAAGUUACAAGAAUUAUGAACUUUUAUGAUCUAACGUAGCCUCAAAAUUUAGAAACCUAAAAUUGAAAAUUACAAGAAUUGUUAAAAUCCACAAAAAAACUGAAAUUGCCACUCAUGCAUCUAGAGCCUAAAGAAAACAUGCAAUGAGAAAGUAAAAAUACUUCAUGCUAGACACUGGCACUUCAGGCUUUUUAAUGCUCACUAUCAUCAUUGCUAAGUGUAGAAAAAAAUUACAGCAGGCAAGGUUUUGUGACUCAAAAACAUAUCUUUUCCGUACAUGCCUUUGUGAAAGUAAUAACUUGCUUUUUAAAUAGAAAUGCCAGUCAGAUAUAUCUGUUCAGUAAAUCCUCCUGUGGAUUAAAAGGGGAGAGUCCCAAGGCUAUAAUUUUUCCCGUUUUUAGUUAAGUGAUAGGUGAAGAUGAAGGGAGAAAACCAACAGUUCUAUGCUUUUUGUUUGUGUUCUCUCAUUUUUCCCAUCAGCCCUAUGAGGUAGGUAUUAUUCUUUCUCUGUUUAACUGACAAGAAACUGAGGCAUAGACUCAGUAACUUGGCCAAGAUUAUACAGCUUGUAAAACAGGAGAGCCUAGACUCAAACUUGUCUUGAUGCCAAAGCUUCACCACCCUCUUUAGCACCAAUACCACCAUCAAUUACUGAGUAUGCUGUAUUUUUACACAAAUAACACACACAUUAUGUUUUUGCCAACUGUGCCUUCCCUCCCCUGCACAUUGUUUUUGUAAGCAUAGUAUGUGGGCCUGUUAUAUACAUGGGCAUGUUAUUUGGGGAAAAAAUACAGUAUUCUGAAGGCAUUCAUUCCUUUACGUAUUGUGGGAAGAGGAAGUAGUAUAAUCAGAUCCAAAGAUCUGAAGACGAAAAGUCCAAAUAAGAAUGCUUAAUUGAAAUAUAUCAGUUAGUGUUUCAAGAUGAGAAAUUGGUUUCUUGAUAGAUUAUGAAACAGAUGAAUGCCAAAACAGAAACUUAGGAAAACAUAGCUGCCUUUAUUAUGAGGUGGGGUAUAUUUCUGUUCUGCUUUCAAUAGCUUCCUUUGUGUCCUAAACUUGCUUACUGGGCCGGUGUAACUAUUAAAAAUUUUAAUUACUGUAUAGUCUCUCCUUUUCUUUUUCCUUAAGCUUAUUUUGUUUCUUAUUUUCAGAUCAGUGUUCCAAAUUCUAGAAUCCAACAGUUCUCCUCUAAGUAAGAGUACAUUGUCAUAAAUUUGUGAAUCUAAAUAUUUUGAAAUGACACUUUACUAAUUAAUACUUUAAGUACACAUUUAUGUCUAAACAUGAAAACAUAUCAAUAUUCAAGUUUUAUUUGAAUUAACUAUUAUAGUAACAAAUCCAGAGAAUUUUUACUAGAGGUCACAAACACUGAAAUAUUUUCAUUUCAUACAUACAGUUUUAAUACAAGUGAACUUAUUAAUAAGACUCAUAUAUAUUUUAUUAAGAAUUUAAUAAAAUCAUUUAUUGCUUUGGUAUUCUUAUGGUAUCUUUCCUAACAAGCCUGCAGAAACCAGGUUAAAUGUCCUUCGACUACAGUUACCAAAGCGUAUACUACUCCAUUAGCUAAAAUGUUAUAUAUUGGAUAACUCCUGAUAAACUGUAUCUCAUGUGACAGUGGAGACAUGUUUUAACUUCCCAAAAUUAAAUGGAGACUUUAUCACAUAAAUAAUACUCAUUGUCCUGUCUUACAUGUUUUAUGAAAUGUGGAUGUUACACGUUGAGCAUACACGUUGAAGUGUGAUGAAACCUAUUUAUACAGGUCUCUUAGCUAUCAUUUUAAAUGUAUUUUUAAACUGUAUCAAAGUAUACAUUAAAGGUGUGUAUUAAAGUCCUUGCUAACUUACAAGGCCAAGACGACUUACAUCUUUAUGUUUUAAAUAAUUUCCUCAGAACUCUGUUUAAAUGCAAGCAAUAUAGUUUCAUAAUUAGCAAGGCAUGAUGGAUGCUUUUUCAGUGUUUUUGCACAGUAGAUUUUGACUUGCUGAUGAAUCAGACUGAUAUGUCAUAAAAUGUGUCCUAUACACCAUAGUUUAGAUUACCUUUAAAAACCACUCAGUAAAGAAAUUUAUAAAGGUUUUCAUAAAGACUCUUCAGUCCUGGUAAAUUGAAAUUACUGCAUUAACUUUUUAUAGUUAAAUUUCUAUGAAACUUAUUUCACAGAAAAAAAGGCACAGCCUUAACACUCUAUGUUUUAUGUAAAUGAAACUUUUUCGCACUGAGUUCUGUUUGAUUUUAUAACUUAUUACUGGAAUGUAAUUAAAUCAAGUUACAAUGUAUAAGAAGGCUAUUUUGGUAUGAGAGAAGAAAAUACUAAGUUCUAAAAUAAAGCAAAGUAUUGAAAACAGGUAAGGUUAAUUGAAUGGAAGCUAAUGGUGAGAAUUUCAUACCAUUUGGAAGGAGUAUUUUUGCUAAUAUGAAGAAAAUAUUACCAUAUGAUAUUGCCUGGCAUAGUAUAAAAAGUAAUUGUUAAUGAUCCUGAAAGUAGAAAGUUUGUUCUUAUUAAAAUGGCCACAUAAAAAUCAGCCUCUAGAAGAUAAUUUCUGACAAUUUAAAAAUAAAACCUUUUCAGAUGUAACUGAUGUUAUAAAAUUAGUUUUCUAACCUAGGAAAAUAUAUAUCACUUCUUAUUCCAUAAUUCAUGGAGACCAUCUAAAAGUGGAGCUUGCAGCUCCAGGACAUAAAUAACUGUGCAGCUAAGUGUAAAAAUUAGGAAAUCAAUGUGAUCUCAGAGAAAAAAACAAAAAACAGGAAAAAUACUGAAAACUUAUUGUUUAACACUGAAAAUAAUGAGAAAGGGACUAACCAAGUUAAACCAAGUUAUCAAAACCCACCACUGGCAAAUGUUUGUAGAGGUAGAUGUUUGAAUAUCCAGUAUGUGAAGGUAGGUAAGUCUGAGCUCAAGAGUUUUAAACUAGCCAUUCUCUAAAGAAAGGCACACAGCUAUGGCAAAGGCAUAAAAAUAUAUUUAUUAAACAUAGGAUUUGUUGCUGAGUUUAUUUUAUCUUCACUUUUCCAUUGGCACAGAAAAUACCAGGAUAUUAAAUGUGUUAUUUUAAUUGAAAGCUGCUAUUCUUUUUUAUUCUUACAAACAGUUGGAAAUGGCCUGUAUAAAAUAAUCUUAAGGUUAACCUUACCAGUCAGUAUUUGAAUACUUAUAUAGGACUCGACGGCAUUGGGUUUUUUUUAUAGGGCAGAAGAAAUUCAAAUGUAUUAGUAUCUUUUUUGAAUAUUUUGCGUAAUAGGUCAGACAGUAAUAAUGAUUUUAGGAUGUUUCUUUUACAUGUUGCUAAAUGUAUAUUACCAAGUUAAUAUUGUGUGGCUUUCUCUACUUUGUUACCAAAGUUAGACAUUUUAAAAAUAAAGAUCCUAAAUGAUUGGCCUGAAACACAUUGUAUUAAAAUCAUCUCAAAUUGUUAAUGAUAUUUGAAAACUAUUACCCUUCUGAUGUCUUCUUCAAAACACCAAGGGAAAAAAAGGUAUUUUUUUAGGCAAUACUUCUUAUGUUAAUUAAACAUUUCUUUUAUAUACCAUCAUUGGUUGUUUUAGGAACUACAUGAGGCUAAUAAGGCUGGAUGUUUAGUCUCUGUGUCUUUGUUCAUUUUUAUCAUGACCUGUAGUAAAAUGACCUUAAUGAUUAAAAGCUACGACACUGAUCUUUCAUAGUUAUUAAAGCUGUUUGCUAUCAUGGCUAUGUUAUAUUAUUUAUAAAAUAAGAGCAAAAUCUCACAAUUUAAGCAAAAAAAAUUUUUUUUUGGUAUAUCAAUGAAUUUUCAUACCACCUCAGUUCUUCUUUACUUUUUGUCUGGAGAGAAAAAUAAAUAUAAUAUUGUUAUAGCUGAAUGAAAGUAAUAUCAAAGUACAUCAGUAUAUUUUGAUAAAGAGCACAAUUGUCUAAAAGUAGCCAAGAAAAACACUUUAAUUGUAAACCUUUUCUUGAAGCAAAAUCCAUUUACUUGUGGACUCAAAAUUUACAAAAGUUUUAGAACCAAAAUGCCUUUGUAUACACUGAGUAAACUGAAUAAUAAACAUAGGUAGGAUUAAAACAUGCUGAAAACACCAGACAAAUGAAUAUUAAGUAGAUUGUUUCAUGAUAUUUUGACUAGGGUCCUAGUAACAGAACACCUAACCUAAACAAUAUAUUAUUUUGUUGUAGCAAAAUGUUUUUAAAAAGGUGGAGUGGCUUUAGGCGGUGCCAAAAUAUUCCUUAACAUAACUAUGUUAUUGCCUUUUAUUCCACAGCCUAUAUAUAGUAGCUCAGAAACAUUAAGAUGAUAAGCCCAAAAAGUACAUACAUCCGUGGGCAGUUCAUCAUCCUUUGUGAGACAGGUUAAAAAAUUAACUCAGGUUAUAAUGGGGUUAUCGUCUUCCUAGGAUUAUAAGAACACUAUGUGGUUCAUAUGUAAUUCUUAUUCUUCUUCAGCAAAAGUGCACCUACUUUAGCUUUUAAAGUGGACUUGAAACUAAAAUAGUGAAGACAAAAAAAAACUCCAAGUAUUGUGUAAUCAAAUUUCAUCAAGCGGUAAAUUUCCAUGUAGUCAAUUUAAAUAAUGAUCAUUUAUAAUAUAACUUAUUGUUUUUUUAUUAAUCCAAUCUCCUAUAAAAAGAAUGUAAUAUUUUUAUAGGAGAAAUGUGAGAUAUAUAUUAAACAGGCAGUAUAUAAAGAAAAGUUAGUAUGGCCAUUCUUUAGUUUUAAAAAGUUCUAGUGAGUGUGGCAUUUUUUAGUUGUAAAAAAAAUUCUCCAAUUUUGUACGAGCAGGCAGUCAUGACUUCUUAGUAAUUAAAAGGUGAAAUACAAUAUUAUGAAUAAAUUUUAUUCCAUCAAAGUUAAUUUUUAAGCCUAGAAACUUCACAAACUAAUAACUGAGUGAAAGAUAAAAAGGAAUAUUGUCACAGUGUUAACAGAAGAAAUAUGUAUCCAGUCUGACAUAAGCAGUGAAUGCUUAUCCUUGCUAAGAUGCUAUAAGAAGCGUUAUACAUCAUACAUGAAUGACAGAAGAGGAUCUAUAAUAGAUAUGAAAAUACUCUAAGUAUAUUUAAGAAUAGUGUGAACUUUGGCCUUAGUAACUGGUAUAAAUGGUCAUAAUAUGACAGACUUCUGGAUAUUAGAUUAUUUUUUACCAUAUAUUUAUUAACAUCAGCCAAGAUUUCUAAUAAAAACCUAGAAUUUGAAAUGUUUUAUUAAAAACGUAGGUAAAAUAUACACAAACCUAAAUACAGUGAAAUCAAAAUAAUGUGGAAAUGAGAAUCUAUACUACAUAUAUUAUUUCCCUAAUUAAGAUAAUGUUUUCUUGAACUAUACCAUAUUACAAAUAGCCUGUUGUCCUGUAUAUUCUGUAUACCCUAUGGCUAUGUCUUCAAAUAUGAAACAUAUGGGAUAAAUCAGAAAAACUCAAAUACCAAAGAUGUUUUUAAGUGGUUGUAUAUGAGGUUAUCAUGUUGGUAAGAUAGCCAGAUGACAACCGAACUUUAUCAGGAUAUUUGUUAUCUUAUAGACAUAACCUUUGCUCCAUUUGUUACAGAUUAUAACUUUAUGUUGCUUAAAUGUGUGUGAAUUAAUAAAGGAAAUCAUGAUUUUAUCCUGAAGCUCCAAUGUUCUGGCUACUAAGAUUUCUUUAAUUCCCUUAAAAAAGCAAAAACAUUUAACCUUUAAGUAUAUCCAAAACCCUCAUAUUUGUUACCAGACCACAUAUGGGCUAGUUGUUUUCUAUUACUAGAUAAAAUAGGUAUCCAAGAUUCUACAUAACAGAAUCAGUAGAGAAAGAUGGGGUGAAAAUUGAAUCCUCUGCUCUGAAAUCUUUCCUAGGAUGAAAGUGUAGGCUUCGAGAAUACUGAGGUUUCAAAACCUACAGAUGAAGGCUGAGAAAAGCUUCUUCUCACAGAAUGUAACCUUUGCUCCUAUUAAGAGAUUUAAAGAAAAUUAGGGUUUUAAUGCAUUUUAAAUGGCUCUUAUUUUAUAAUUACUUAAGGGAAAGAUUUUAAAAAUAAGAUAUUAAUUGGGUCUGGAUUCUGAGGAGAGAAGGUGUACUUUAGGAAAUUCCCACUAAAAGGAGUAGGUUAUCUUAUGAGCUGCUGGUGAUUGGGAAGCAUUCAAGGGCUAAACUGUUAAGCUGCCUAUACAAAGAGGCUCAUUAGGAGAGAUCUGAGAAUAGCCAUAUCCAGUGGCAUUACUAAAUGAGUGGGUUAUACUUCUGUUGUGUCAUUCCUGAACUUUGAGUAAAGAUUUGUUAAAAAAUUUUUUUUAUGUACUUAGUGAUAUACAAAAUUAGAGUCAGAUUCUGUGGAUGAGAAAGCAACUAUUCAGAAAAACCAGGCAAUUAUUAGUAAAUUAUUUUAUGUCAGUAAUGUUUCAUUUUACUGUUAAGAAUAACAUCCAAUGAAUAGACCCUAUGUUCCAACAAGUGAUUUUUAUUUAAAUCACUGCAGAACGUAAGGAUUGCUGGAGGUAACUGCUUUGUUCAAGAUUCUGAGAACAGGAAAAUUUGAGCUAAGGCAUCUGCGUUGACUGAAUGCCCACUUCAGAGCAUCAGAGUGUAGCCAAAUCCCUUUGCCUAAAAACCCCAUCAUUUGCUCUGGCUGCUUUAAGUGAUGUGAGUUUGGAUGUAUCUAUGAUUCAAGAAGAAUGCAAGCAUCAAGGAACUUGAGUUUAUUUUAUGAAGCUGAAUGUGAAGUAGUACCGGGGCCAAAUCAACUGCCCAGCCUGAAUCUGACAACAGAAAUUUAAUAGCAUGUGAUCUAAUAGUUCUUCUAAAAAUGUAACUAGCAACUUAUAUGUAGUUAAGGGAAAUGAACUAAAGUUUCUAAGAUAAAAACUGAAAUUUUUCCGAAGAGGCAUGGUUGAUUAUAUACAACUGGAAUUUUCAGAUUUGGGCACAUAUGCCACUCUGUUGACCUACCAAGACUCUGAGCAUGUCUACCAACAAUGAAAUGGCUUGUCAGUGCUGGAAUGGGUAACUUAAAAAGAUCAGGAGUAAGUCUUAAAAAUGAAUAAUUUUUCUAUGGCAUAUGAAGCCUAGAUACUUUUAGGGUUGCAAAUAUUUUAAGCUGUGCUAUCAGACACUGAAAUUGAUUCAUAUUACUUGUGGAUCCUUUGUGAAGUUACAAACACUGGUAUUCUUCCAACCAGAAAAGAAACACAUUUAUGAAGUAUUGUAAAAUAAGUUACAGAUUGUUUAUCAAAAUCAGUAUUGUGAGAAAAUUUACCCAGAUGACAUAGGCCAUAUUUAAUCUUAGGUACUGCUACAGUUUUUGAGCUAAGGGGACAAUUAUGAUAACCCAUUUAUCUCAGAACCACACCAAACUGUAUAAAAAAUGGCAUAAGUUUGGUACUUGUCAUUAGGAUGUAAAAAAGAAAUCUAGAAAUGUUAGUUGAAUUCUUUCCCACAAGAGCAAAUUACUACAGAGGGUCUAUAUAAAGAUUGAUAAAUGCUUAUGUUUUAGUUAUGAGCAAGAACAAUGGAAAAGAACAGCAACCACCAAAGGCUCACUUGUUUUUGUUGGUGGAUUUUAUUUUUUUAAGAACAUGUGGAGAUGUGCCAUGUUCCUAAAAUAGAGUAGAUGGCAUAGCCAAUAGAAAUCCUUUGCUGUCAGAGGCAUUAAAGUUUUUCUGGGAUACCUCAUAAGCUUUUUCUUCUCACCUUCUGUUUCAUCUUAUAUUUUCUAGAAUGCUAACUUGCAAUAAUACUUUUUAGGAAAAUUUUGAUGAACAAUCUAAAAAAUUAAAUCUUAGGGUAAUUCUAUUUCCAGUACUUUGGUUAGGAAACUGGUUCACCCUCAGGUUACUUGAUAAAAGCAUGAUUAAAUUGUUUCAUGUCUAUCAAUUUAAUUCUUUAUUUUAGAAUUGAAUUUUUUCUGAUUUAGAUUCCCAGAUGUUUAAGGGGUUAGAACAUUUUGUUUGUAUUAGACUUAAUUUUAGUGAUUCAAUGAAAGAUGGCUCAUAACUCUUAGUUGGGACAGAAAUUAUUUCUGAAAGCAUUAUGUUCUUGAAGGACCUCCCCCCUCCAUCUCUUGUCUCCUUAUAGGUGACUAUUUUUCACUGUAUUACAUGAUGGUACUGGGUAUAUAUAAAUAUAAGGUGCUACUCUUGCCUUGGGAUAAUAUAGUGGGAAAAAAAUACACAACAAAGUUAAAAUAAUUUUUAUAAGGGAUGUUAUCAUGGAUUUUAAACAAUCAAUGACUCAACCAAAGCUUUUUUGUAGAACUAUUUAGUAAUUAUACAGCAAAUUUAGUUACACAGGGAAAGUUACCAAGAUUUUAUGAUGAGUAUUUUAAGACAAAUUCUCAGUUGUAGACUCAGUUUCCUCAUGAAUAAAACAAGGGGUAACAGGAUCUCUGAGAUUCAUUUCAGCCUAAGUUAUACGGUUCUAUGAUUUGAUGUUUGUAACACAGGAGAAAAGGCUUAUUCCUAAACAUAAUUCAGUCCAUUUAUAUAGCUGUAUUAAUGGCUAAAGUGGAAAUCAUAAAGCUUCAAGGGUGAAAGUAAUAGAAUAAUCCAGGUGUAGGCCUUAUGACAUAAUCCCUUUUCAGACUAUACUCCUGAACCACAGUUUAAAGUUACAUUCACUUUCUAAUUUAUUAAUAGGGUUCCCUAUGUUCCAUUUUCCUAGAAUAGUCUUGGCUUAAGCCUGUUGUAUUAUUAGAAUUUUAGUUUUUGAAUAAAAUGAUUUUAUAGGUUUAUUAAUAUGAUAAAACUUGUUUAUCAAUAGAUACUAUUUCAAAGAUUAUAUAAUUUUUUUUGGUGCC